AGGCAGGGGACACGCGGGGAGAGAGAGACUCGAGGCUUUCUGCAAUGAAAAUUUAAUUAAUGUGGGUGGGCUGAGGGAACACAACGGGUGUUUAUCAUAGACAAUUUAUUUUCCAGCGCUAAGUCAACAUAAAACAGCAAAACGGACAACAAUUAUUUAACAUUUUAGACUCAUGAAGCGGACACACCGGUGGCGAUCUCCCCAGACUGAAACUGUCCUCCGAAGUCAUGAGUUUAUACCACAGCCCUGUGCCACAGCCCGGCGUGGCUGCACCGGCUCUCACUUUAUCGAAUUCCUCCCUGAUCUAUGUUUACGGUGGCGAAGUCGGAGGCAUCAUUCCCGCUUUGGGAUUCGCGUCAAGCCGGCAGGAGCCUCCGCAGAAACCUCCUUACAGCUACAUCGCGCUCAUCGCCAUGGCAAUUAAGAACGCGCCGGACAAGCGCGCGACUUUGAGCGGGAUCUAUCAGUUCAUCAUGGACCGCUUCCCUUAUUACCAUGACAACAAGCAGGGCUGGCAGAACUCAAUCCGCCACAACCUUUCGCUGAACGACUGCUUCAUCAAAGUGCCCAGAGAAAAAGGGCGACCGGGGAAGGGCAGCUACUGGACGCUGGACACCAAAUGCCUGGACAUGUUCGAUAACGGAAACUACCGGCGACGGAAGAGAAAGUGCAGGACUCAGGAAACGGGAGAGACUAAAAUCGGGCAUAAGAGAAGCCGAGCGACGACCCUGAACUCUAAACUUCAUCAAGGCGUCCACUUGGAGAAAGAGUCACCGCUUAAGGUCUCAGAAAUAAGCAAGCGGCAACACGAAAAACAUCCCGAAAAAGAUCUAAACAUCCACGAGAAGUGUAACGGCACCCAACAACAAAAUAGCGAGGCUAAUGUGUCCACACACGCCUCCGACUCCACAAAAGACUGGUGUUUAGCACCCUCGACCACAGCGGGCACUAACCCAAGAUGCCCGACGCCUGAACAGACCAGCACAGUGUCUCUAAACAAUCUAAAUGGCACAAACACUGCGCCUUUAAACGCGCGAGAGACGCCGGUACCCGUGAUGAAUGACACUGGAAGCGCGCAAACUGGAGACGCCAAAUCCAAAGAAACGAAUGCUCAGACGCACCCUCGAAAAACAACAGACAAAUCGAAGGAGUUUAGCAUUGACAGUAUUCUGUCAAAAAGGGAGAACCAGUUCCAAAGAAGGUGCGGCGUUGCCGGAGGAGCGCAGGUCGCGUGUUUGGAGUCGCGCGGUUACGCACUCACGUCGUCGCUGAUCGCACACGCGCACCCACAAGUGUACCCGCGCGGAUUCCCGCUCUGCUCCUACCUGUCUCUCACCUGUCCGGACAAAAUACUGAACUUCAGAGAGAAAACAGAUGAGAAAUUAUUCUUUUGACGACACUUGACGAAUCCCAGACUGUAGCAAAGCAAUUCAAGCAUCUAAUCAUUAAUGCUGGGUUAUUUCAAC